ACUUGUUUCCAGUUUUUUAUCUUCAAAGAACUAAUCCAGAGGCAGAUUUAUUGCACUUUUUAUCCUAUCAGUGACAGAGUACACAUGUACCUGGCAUCGUUCCAGUAUGAUUGUGCAUUCACCCUUUGUACCUUGAAAGUUUUCAGUUUUCCCCAGAUCUCUGCUGUCACAAGCAUGCUCUCUCUGUCACUGCGGCAGACACUAAGGCCCCUCUUCCCCAGACUCUCAAGGUGUUUGGGUAGAGAGGGGCAGCUUGCUUCAGAAUCAUGCAGGCUAAAGCACAGCAGUGGCAGGUGGACAGGACAGGAGAGUCUGGCCCAGGAUGACCCAGAGAUGUGGAGUCUCCUGCAGCAAGAGAAGGACAGACAGUGUCGGGGACUGGAGCUCAUUGCUUCUGAGAAUUUUUGCAGCCGUGCAGCCCUGGAGGCACAGGGUUCCUGUCUGAACAAUAAAUACUCUGAGGGAUACCCUGGGCAAAGGUACUACGGUGGAGCUGAGAUUGUUGACCAGAUUGAGCUGCUGUGUCAGAGACGAGCGCUCACUGUCUUCGGCCUGGAUCCCAAUCUGUGGGGCGUCAACGUCCAGCCAUACUCAGGCUCUCCAGCCAACUUUGCAGCCUACACCUCUGUGCUGAAGCCUCAUGACCGAAUCAUGGGCCUGGAUCUGCCUGAUGGAGGACACUUGACCCAUGGCUACAUGACGGACAACAAGAGAAUCUCAGCCACCUCCAUCUACUUUGAAUCCAUGCCAUACAAGUUGAAUCCUCAAACAGGUCUGAUUGAUUAUGACCAGCUGGAGAAGACGGCCCGCCUCUUCAGACCCAAACUCAUCAUUGCAGGAACCAGCGCCUAUGCUCGGCUCAUCGACUACGCUCGCAUGAAACAGCUGUGUGAGGAGCUGAACGCCUACCUGCUGGCUGACAUGGCUCAUAUCAGCGGCCUUGUGGCUGCUGGAGCUGUUCCUUCUCCUUUUAAAUAUGCUGACCUGGUCACAUCCACUACCCAUAAGUCCCUGAGAGGAGCGAGGGCUGGUCUGAUCUUCUUCCGGAAAGGUGUACGGUCCGUGGAUGCCAAAGGUCGAGAGGUGCUCUAUGACCUCCAGGACAGGGUGAACUUUGCUGUGUUCCCGUCACUGCAAGGAGGACCGCACAAUCACGCUAUAGCUGGGGUGGCUGUGGCGCUCAGACAGGCUUCCACUCCCAUGUUCAAAGAGUACAUCGCUCAGGUUCUUCUAAACGCCAAAGCCAUGGCCGGCGCUCUGCUGAAGAAAGGCUACACGCUGGUCUCAGGUGGAACAGACAACCACCUUGUCUUAGUUGACCUUCGACCUCGGGGGAUAGAUGGAGCUCGAGCAGAAAGGGUGCUAGAGCUGGUGUCCAUCACAGCCAACAAGAACACCUGUCCAGGAGACAAAAGCGCCCUCACACCAGGCGGACUCAGGCUCGGAGCUCCAGCUCUGACCUCUCGACAGUUUAAGGAGGCAGACUUUGAAAAGGUUGUGGACUUCAUUGAUGAAGGGAUACAGAUCGCUUUAAGUGCAAAGAAGAAAACUGGAAACUUAGCCAGCUUCAAGACUUUCCUGCUAAAGGACCCAGAUACAGUGAAGCUCAUUGCAGAGCUCCGCCAUCGGGUGGAGCUAUUUGCCAGACCCUUUCCCAUGCCAGGAUUCACAGACCAUUAGAAAUGACACGCAUAUUGGCACCCUGACAAACUGUUAUAUAGCAAUAUCACUUUUCUUUUCUAUCACGCUGCAUCAUUGUUCACAUUUCUGCUUAUGAUGAUAUAAUCAAUAAAGUAAACAAAGGUCACAAUCAUUUCUGUAAAAGAGUUUCAUCUGAUGCCUUCAUUAAUCAUGGCUGCUGUGUAAGAUAAUAAGCUAAUUGUUGAUGUAAACCUGUGAAAAAACAGCAUCUCAGUAUAAUUGUUGAUGAAAGUCACACAUGAAUAAACCAUGAACACGUGUUUGCAGGACGAUGACUUGUUUUGAAAUGUUUUAUUACCUGUUAAGAUACCAAUGCAGACCUAAAAUAAAUGAGAAAGUGAUAUUUUCAAGAUGAGUUACAAAUAUUAACAAGACAAACUGUUGGGUGAAAGAUUUUAUUAAACACAAGUGAAAGGAUGCACCUUCUGUACUAUCUUUGCACCAUUCUACCCAGCAGAUCCUUUUAGUGAGAGGCUGUGUAAUAAAAGUUUUUAAAGUGUUA